UCCACAUGCUGCAUGGACGCUGUUUCAUUUUCAUUCAGCGUAACUAAUAUUCGCGCACCGUAUUUAUUGGAAUGAUCGCUUCAUAUUUUUGCCGAGCAGCAUCGGUAUCUUGCUGCACCUGAAUAAGGACGCCUGGCGACCACCUUUACGCCUAUAACGUGAGCAUCUUGCGCUUGCAGAGGCAUGAAUGCCGAGCCCGGAGCUGGCGAUGGUCCACAGAGUUCACUGGAAUCUGCGGACAGUCUCGCUUGUCCAAAAUCCAUGCCUCUGUGCAGUCUUGUGGAAGACGGCCUUUACCUCGGUGGACGAGACGCUGCUGAAGACGAGGAGCUGAUCCACGGUUUCGGAAUCACUCACGUUCUUACGGUGGACACGUAUCGGCUCACGUUCGAGGGAAAUGUCGUCUGCUUGUACCUCUACGCCGAAGAUAGGGCCGAAGAGGACUUGCUUAGUCGCUUUCAUGAGGCCUGUGAAUUCAUCGCAAAGGGCCAACAGAGUGGCGCGUGCUUAGUGCACUGUCGCUUUGGUGUCUCCAGGAGUGCCACUUUGGUGGCCGCUCAUCUCAUGCGAAAAUAUGCCUUAGGUUAUGCCGAAGCACUGCACAAACUGAAGGAAAGGCGCGCCUGCAUUGGACCAAAUGCAGGCUUUGUAGCCCAACUAAAGCUUUUCCAGAAAAUGGGGUACAAAGUAGACAAAGCGGACCUGCAGUUCAGACUUUUUGUCCUGGAGCGGCUUUCUCAUUUGGCAAAGAAAGCUGGCUCCUUUUACGCUGUACCAUGCGAAGUGAAGAGCUUCUGGACUGAUCAAGACAGGUCCAGUGGAGAAUGCUUGAGGUGCAGAAAAUGUAGGUUUACUCUAUGCUUCACAUCAAAGAUUGUGCCUCACACACCAGGCUGCAGCAUUGCCUGGUGGGACACUCGCUGGAAGGAGCCUGAGGAUAGGCUUUGCCAGACAAGCAUCUUUGUUGAGCCAACAGCCUGGCUCUUCAAUCAAGCAAGGGCUCUCCAAGGAAGGUUAACCUGUCCGAAUUGUCAUGGCAAACUAGGAAACUACAAUUGGUCAGGGCUGUAUUGUGAAUGUGGAGCCUGUGCACAGCCAGGCUUUCACAUCACACCGAGCAAAGUGGACCGGGCUGUUGGUGUAUCAGAGCCUGUCAAAGCCUACCUGCGGAAUAGAAACAGGCCAACCACAAAAGAGUGUGGGCCUGCUUACAGCCGCCUAGAGGAGGAGCCUGACGACAGAGAGAAUAACUCCCCGUGCAGCUAUAAAAACCUGUUAGAUGACCCUGACAGUGAUAAGGUGGAGCUCAUAUCUGCCUGCUGUCAGUUGGAGGAGCAACCGGAAAGUGACAACAGUGAGCAAGUCAGUGCCUGCAGUCAACUCAAAGAUGCACAGCAUGAAGUGUGCAGCUUUGACUUUGCUUUGGCUGCUAAUUUACAGGAGUCGAAUGAGGAACAACAACAUGGUUGAAGAGGGAAGCAUCCUAGAACAAACGAGGAGCAACAAGGUGGUUGAGAAGGGUAGCAUCCUAAGAGAAACUAAGCAGCAUCCCAACCAAUUUACUUGAUGAUAUAACAGGGCAGCGAGGAUUGGCACAGGAAAGAAAGCGUGUGGGCAUUGUUGUGAACAGUUUUUAUAUUACACUUUUUUUAUAUACCACAUUAAGCUUUAUGGUUUGGGCCCAUUAAGAUUAGUGGUUUCUGCCUUGAACUGACGAUUUCUAGAAAUGAAAAAAAUGCAUUAAAUGCUGUUGCAUUGAUCUAUGGUGAAUGUUAGGGCUAGGGCUCCGUGUUUUCGGUGUUUAUAUUUCUUGAAAACUGGCGGGUGUUUAUCGCGGAAAUUCGGCGUUUAUCGGAGUUUAUUUCUCGUAAAUCCCUAAUUCGGAGUUUUGCAUUAUUCUCAAAACCCCAAAAUUUUAGGUCAAUUAAUAUCUGAAUACUAAAACAUCAAAACACUCAAAGCACAUUUUAUUUUUUCUAGAAGGUUUGAAUGCACAAAAACGCAUAUGCACAAGCGAAAUUACUUGAACACAAAGCAGCUGUAUUUGCGCAUAUAACAACCUUAGCUUAAAGCUUAUUGUAAAACACACAAACAUACUUUGCGAGGUUGCUGUCAGUGAUUGAUGGUUCAGAUUGAAGCGCGCUCCUUUCGAUUGAUAACUCUCAGCUUUGAAAACGCCCUUUCAACGUUAGCGCUAGAAACAGGAAGCGCAAGAAGAUGCAGCGCACAGCGAGAAACCACUGGCUACUGGAUAUUCUGAAGUCUCCAAAACGAAAGGGGUUCAACAGUGUUACAUAUUUCAUAGCACUGAUAGUUCGCAAAAUCACUCAGGAGCUGGCUCAUGUUGUCAGUUUCAAGAAGCACUAAUUGAAAAAUAGGCGCAUAGGUUUGGAACACGCAGGGCAGCUCAUGCUUCACAUUUGGAUUCACAUUUUGAACACAGUACCAAAAUGAUUCUUUGGUGUACUGGAGUUGAUCGCACAGGUUCCUCUCAGAUGUCUGUCUCCACUUUUCGGCGACAGCAGCGUAGUAUUUGUGAAUGUCUGCGACAGUCGUUAAGCGGUCAUAUUCGUCAAGGAGGUCCAACAGACUUGUGACAUCUGAUGCGAAGACCUCGGUUGGAUCACGCCAUUGACUGUUGAGUGCAUGGAAACGAACCCCCAGUAUGGGAUAAACUUGAUGUACCAGGGUACUCUCUGCCUCAAGUUCCUUAAUGAUUGAGAGCACGGCACAUGAAUUGGUCUUCAGAAGCCUCAUCUUAACGAGCAAGUCGUGCACAGCUUCAGGCGAUGAAAUAAGACUCUUGAGCUUCUCAUACUUCGUUCCCUUGGCUUCGUCGCUUCUGAAGGAAGACAAAAUGGCGUGCCAGCAGUCCAAAAUAUCUUCUAGAGCUUCAUAAAAAGAGAACCACCUCGACGGACAUUUGGUUUUCAGCGACUUCAUGGACAUGCCCAUGGCCAAGCAUACAAGACCAAACUUACGGCGCAGCUCCUGCGACGACUUUAAGAGAGCAGGAAAGUGCACAACAAAAUCGUGAACUAUGUUAAAAGAGCUCAUCCUGAUUCCAUCCUUCAGAGCGUUGUUGAGUAGGUGGCACGGAUCUUUGUGAAGUGCCUUGAAUUCAGGGUUGGAGAGUUGCAAGUCCUUGUGAAGCUUCUGCAUAUAGGAAGCCGAGUCGGAGCACAAUACAGCUACGUCACCCAAUACAGCCACGCGUGGUAAACUUUAAAUCGGUCAAACCAGAUGAUGUAUCAAUGAGCGCUUAGAACUUGCCCUUUGAUAAAGAACGGAACCAGGUCAUAUUGGCCCUUGAAAUCUGAGUUUAUCAGAUAAAUCCGAAUUGUGAGAAAUUUUACUGGCAAAUGUUUUAUCGAAUUUUUUCGGAUAAAACCGAAAACACGGAGCCCUAGUUAUGGCUGACUAGCUGCUAAGUCAACAGAAACCAUGCAUGUAUAAGAGCAUCCUUUUCUUGUUCAAUUUUGAUGAUAACUAGGGUUUGCAUGUUGCAUAAAAAUACAGAGGUCAUAGUUCUCAUGCGAUCACUUCCUCAUCAUUGUUGACUCGAGUCACAGAUCAUGUUAAGUCCAACUACAGCCUGUCUUGAAAAGGCCGGAAAUUAUUUCCUGUGAUGACAGUGUUUAUAUAAGUACUUGCCAGCAGCUUUAUGACAAAUGUUCCAUCACAAUGUUCCCCCUAUGGUGAGUCUGCCAUGGAGGGGACAGUUUUCAGUGAAGCAAUGGUGGUGGAGUGGCUUGCUGGCUUGCAUGAGAUGCAAUGAAUGUAUAGUUCAUAAAUUGUUCGUGCAAAUUCUUGUGUUUUAAAUCUGCCAAUGAAGCAGAAUUGUUGAGUCAACUGGUAGGAAUCAAGAUCAAUACAUGCUCAAAAAUGGGGUUGCAUUAUACAGAGAGCAAAUGUUCACCUACUUCUUUUGUAAUCAUGUUUGUGCAUGCUCUUAUUGCAUGUUGAUACAAUAUCUCCCACCUUAAAUCCAGAUUUAGCCCCUGAGAUCUAGUCCCUUGUUGUGAUAGUGCCAUAACCUCACUGUGCGAGCAGCUACGAUGCUUGUGAGCAAUGGAGCAACAUCCCAUGGCUCUAUAUAAGUGUCAGUGACUGUAAAAAAAAAAAGACUUGCAUCAUAAGAGCUGACUACAGUGCUUUGUGCACCUUCACUCUCUUUGUGACCUGCAAUGUAAUGGCACCAGUGGUGCUAUCGCGCUCAAUAUGAGCUACAACACAAGUGCACGGCAUAGUGCUCAAGCACAGUAGCACAUGUUGCAGUUCACAGGAAAGCAAUGUGCUGCAAUGUAUGACUUUUCAGAACUGCAAAGAGUGCAGGGAAGCAUUCUAAUAUCAUGUUCAUCCAUCACUUGCUGAUACCACUGGAAAACACGUUGAUUCUUGAAUUAAGCUCAGUUGUUCAUACUGCAUGGCAGAAGUGCACUGGCACAACAUGAGGGCCAAGAUCGCCACUAACGUGACAUUACAUCCUCUGAUAGUGUACAGGGUUACCAAAAAAUAUAUCACACACUUAGGAUUUUAUUUUAGUAUAUUGUUCACAUCUUUUAGCAGACAUAUUAUUCAAAUUGUGUUCAUUCUUCUUUUUUGAUAUAGAACGGGCAUUUUUACUGUCUUUGGUGUCUAAUCUUUUUUUUAUGAAGAAUGUUCUCUGAAGAGUUGUGCCUCACAAUCGAUGACUCCAGAGAUGGCAUAAAGAUCAGAUUGUGGCAUGUUGAUCUCCAUCGCGUUGUCAAAUGGUUUCCAGAGACAGGUUGCAUCAACUACCAGCAGCAAAGCGAAAAUCUAUCAAAUCUCUCAAACAUGCUCUGGAAAAAGCAUGGGACAGAAUACGUCACUAUUUUGACAAUUUUCCAGAAGAGUCUUCAAGCCUGUAUCAAAGCGCAUGGUGGACAUUUCGGGACUAAAACUUGAGUUCUUGUGCAGAAUUGAAUGACCAUUCAAACAAAAUAAAGCACUCUUGAUUUUUUUCAUUUGUUGAAGAGUUAUAGCUGCUUUUUUGCGUUGCAGCCCUUUUAGGUCACCCUGCAUGGUGCCAUUAAAAAGAAGGUAGUAUGUAAGGAAAGCCUUAUUGAGGGUGCAGUUGUGCAUCACGAAGGAGAUGUUAGAUAGAUAUGAUUUGCCGCUCAUGGAAAUUUGUAGAUGAAACUGUCAGUGAAACAAAUCGAAUACUGUAAUGAUUACAUUGUUUCCUUUUUUUUUUGCACCUUUAUACAUUGCUUAAGUCUCACCUUAUGUUUCUUUUCGCUGAGUAAUUAUUUGACAAAACGGUGUAUGCCUAGAAGGCAGGGCAAGGGCGAAAAACCACUGUAUUACAGAGUGCACUCUGGUUAAGCUAUCGUGAAGUUAGAACAGUAAUAUGAAAUGUCUUGCAUAUAAUGAGGUGCUCAAUAAGCACUUGCAUAAAAGUCAAUUUCUCAGAAUAUGAAUAUCUCCCAGUUAAAAGGCAUAAGCAUGCAUUAUAUUGAGUAGUAUGGGCAUCAAAUGCAAACCCUGGAUCAAACAGGUACUAUUGAUAAAGCAGUAAACUUUAAUUUGUUUUAUUUACAAGUCAAGUUGCAGACCACAUUCAAGUGGUAAGGCAGCUGGGUUGCUGACAUAAAACUAUUGCAAUCUUUUCCAUUACAACUCUCCAUUAGAGCUCUGUGAUUGGUCAAUAUCUAUCGGCCCGUGCCCACUGCACUUGUCUGUCAUGCGAUACAACGAAAAUUGCGAAAACACCCCAUCACAAAAUUACAUGUACAGAUUGCAUAAAUGCACGAUUAGGCAUAACAAAACAGAAUAACUUAUUCCUUUGUCGUCGCCACUAGCCCUCGGCUAUUGGUCAGAAAUUUUCAUACUGCACCAGCAUCACCUGUCUGCCGUGCAAUAUCACACAACUAUGAAAACUCAUUGUCAUUGCGAUGUGUGCACACUAAACUGUGCAUUAAUGCGCCAAAUAAAGCUUCGCAAUAGCCAGAGAGCGGCCCUAUUCAGAAAAGAGUAAAAGAUGGCUGCCUGCCAAUCAUUCUGGCACUGGCUACUCAUAGCUGCAAGAGAGAAUAGGCUUAUUGAUGUAUGAGAAAUAUUUUGCAUGGUAGUAUCAUGCUCUCAUACCAUUUUGACAUGUAUGCAAUAUCCCACUGCCAACUUUUUUUUGAUGAGGAUGCAUUGUAUUUAACGCUCAGUUGCAAGCCAUCGCAAGAUAAGCUAGGGAAAGCAUACCGAUUGAAGGCACAGGUGCAACUCUUGCCCAAGUGCUCUGCUUAUGCUGUGUGAGCUUGGCCCACUUAAAACCCUUAUCACUUCUGCAUGCUCCUUGACCCAUGUCAGCCAGGUAAAUAAGGAAAACAUGGCAGAGCAGACAGUGCUAUUCAUUUUCAAACCAAAAAGUCAAAGGGACCUGCUGCAGUCAAGAAGAGCUACAUAAUGUGUUGAAAGCAAAUUCUUAUGUGUGCUGAAGUAUUUGGAAUUUUGAUUUCAAAUUGACUACUCAUUUCAUUUCUGCUCAACAUGAAACUUGUUCAGAAACUAUUUUUAAUAGUCAUGGUAAUCGAAGGGGUAAAUCAUAAAGACUGCCACCAUGACACCUCAAAGGCUAAGGCAUUCAGCUUCUGCAUAUGUUGUUGUGGGUUCGAUGCACAGACAUAUGGGCUCCAUUCCAAAGCAUGUGGAAUUUCAGAACAUGCUCGUGCAUAGAGCUUUGUAGGCAAAUUAAGGGAACCACAGGCUCUCAAAAUCAUUAUGGAGCUAUCGGCUAGAGAAUCUCUUUUGCAUGAAGGUAGUAGGUGGGCUAGUUGGUAUAGAUUCAUUGUAACUAUUUGGAAGCACAAACAAUGCAUAGUGGAGCAGGACAAAAACACCGGAUGUAAUCUCAUGCACACCAGGUGUAUUUGCAGGUGGACUACGCUAUAAGCUCAUUAGAGCAGAUCUAUUUUUAUCGGACACUUGGACAUGAUGUGCCACCUAGCGCUGGUAUGCCAAUCUUCCCACCUCUUGCACUGAUUGAGCUUCAUUUAUAGCGGAUUCUGUUGAAACAUACAUUCUGAUGUAAUUGGCUAAAUGCUGAGGCCAUCCAGGUGCGUGGCAUGCCUUUACAACAGACAUCUGUACAGUGGACAUUCCAAUUUCAAUAGCUUUCAGCUCCUAAUGUAGCUCUGCUCAUAGUACUACAUUGUUGCUCACAUCCACAUAUUGUCGACAGCUGAUCAAGUAGUAGAUAAGAUGAGGAGAAAGGCAACAGAGAGAUCGUAGCAGCUUGCAAGGCGAUAAUUGCUCAAGCCUAGGUUAACAUUCAAGGCUUGAAGAGGUGUUGCGAGCAAGUUACGGCAGCGGAUAAAGUCUUGUAAUGAUGGAGGCCUGCAUAGUGUCCAGUGCUGUUAAUUAUACAGCAAAGUCAAAACUGACAAGCUGCCUUCAGUAUCAAUAAAUCAUUUCUUUAAGCCUAUGUGCAGCUUACAUUUCACGAUGGAUAUACAACAGACCCAUUUACAUUGAAGUCUUUUGUAACAGUAUUUGAAUCGGCAUACUUCCUUUCAACAUGCUGAAGUCUACACCAUCAAGGUCUGUUAUGAGUUUGUACUGUAUAUUGUUCAAGUCUCCAUCAUGUAUCGUUAUCUUAGCUUAGCUAAGAUAACAUCGUUAUCUUAUUCUUAGCUAUUAUUUUAACCUGUGUUUAAAAUAAAACUCAGUUGUGUCACCAUAAGCAGGAAGCAUUUACUGGAUUGUUUGUAUAAUGUAAUAACUGGGGCAGGCCAAAUAAGGGAUGCUUUAGUUUUGUGCUGCAUAGUGACUUUUUUUCUUUUUCACAUUGUGCAAAGCAAAGCCUUGUUCUUUCAAGUAAUGCUCACAAUGUUUCCAUUGCAUGAUGUGUAACAUUGCAGAAUUCGAGGACAUACUGUGUAGAUUCAUACAGCCACCCUUUUUCCUACCAGGAAAUAUUUAUUAUUCAUUCUCAUUAUUUCUUUGGCUUAUAGCAAUUCAGCUUUUUACAUUGCUUCUGAAGAAAAAACCGUAAUGCAAAAUGACACAAGCACAGACAGGUACACGGUACUGGCACUAACUUCUAACUAUUCCAACAGUUGUUUUGCACUACAAUUUUUUUCUUCUGAAGUCAUGAACUGACUGGCCCAAAUGUCUUGCUUUUACAUUGCAUCUGCUGUUAUUUUAUUGUUAUUGUAUUCAUACGAAACUGUGAUGACCUUUUGCAUGUUACUUAUAUGAAUGCUCCUUUUUUUUUAGCUUUCACAGUAGACACCCUUAGAAGUUUUGAUGGAGGAAAAAAAUGAACUUGCCCUUUUGCCUAUUCCAUCCAUUUUUCUCAACAUUUUACAAAUAUAUGUGUGUAUUUAUUUCUGCAUUCAAAGUCGGUUCAUAAAUAUUUAUAUGCUGCUUAGAAGAUGCUACUAUGUACAUGUACAUUUACUAGUAAUAAGUGCCAAUUAUUGUGUAUAGGAGCUCUAAGUUUCUAAAAUUAAAAUGGUAUUCAUGUUCCACAUCAACUUCAGCAUGUCACGUGCCAUGAUUAAUAUAGGUGAAUAACCUGUAAGUAGCAGAAUAACAUCUGCCACUAGUGCCACUCAUGACUGCUGUUCAGGCGCUAGCUUUGCUUACUGAGAUACUUUGUGUGACGUGCUGCAUGAAAAAAAAAAAGAUAAUGUUUCUGUAUUUGCACUGCAAGGUUUUUUAUUUUAUUUACAGGGAACUUAGCCUUCCCACAAAAAUAAACAAUGUGUUUUCA